AUGGCGCGUUCGUCGAUUCUCUUUGUGCUGUUGCUCGGCCAAGUGGCUCUUAUUGCGUCCUGUGUACAGGGUGCAACGAACAGCACGGUAUCAACUUUGGAGGACUCGAUCUUCGAUUCGACAAAAGAAACAAAUUUGGGCGGAUCAAUUCUUGCAGUGGUCGCUGUUCUCAUCGGCGGCGGGGUGACAGUGUACGGCUACCGGUACAUGUAUGAGACCGUCUUCGCUAUCGGCUUUGCUCUUGGAUCCGUGGGAAUCGCUGUGACUGCAGAGCGCAUGCUCGUCGAUAAGUCGUACUGGUCCCUCGGUUCGUGGCUUGCAUUCAUCUUUGGCGGCCUCUUAUGCGGUGGCUUGGCCAUGUGGGUCCACCCGAAGAGCAACUUCAUCGCAGGUGUGGCAGGAGGCAUCACACUCGCGGUUAUCCUGACCAAUUCUGCAGCAUACUACAUUUUCCCCAACCAGACCCAGGAAUUAUUCACAAUUAUGUGCGUAAUCUUCGCGGUUAUAUUCGCUGCAGUGGACCUGAAGUAUGGUAAGCCGGUGGAAAUCGUGGGAAUCAGCAUCUUCGGCGCCGCCAGUUUUGCAUGGGGUAUCGGUUUUUUCGUUGGCGACUUCCCGUACCCGAACAACCUCAAGAAAUACGCAACACAGAAUGUGAAUGGUGACCUGGAAUACUCUAUCCCGACUGUGUGGUGGGGCUACCUGGGUGGGAUCGUGGUGAUCUCAGUGUUUGGCAUGUUUAUACAGUUCCGGAAGACCAGCCGCACCAUGGUUGACGACGAGUUCGCUGGCUUUGAACCCAAUGGUUUCGGAUACCCUAUUGACGCGGUGCCGUAUAUGGAGAGCGAGAAGCAGCGGCCAACGAUCCCUGUGUUGGAUCCACCCGCAAGCACGGCACGAGAAUCCGACUACUUGCCAACAUCGUACCCAGCACACGAGUCCUUUUGCAGACUGUACUCACGCAACACAGAGGCUCAAUCGAUUAGCAAGAUGAGGUCAAAAUUCUUGGAGGCACGAGCGCAAUCUAUGGAGACGAAAACUCCGAUGGACACUAGAAGUAGCAUGCAGCCGACAACGACGAACUCUUCCAGAGGAAUGAUGCCAGAGGUGCAAGAGGAGGAGCUAUAA